AUGACAGUCAGUAGAGUUAAUAAACUGAUCACUGCACUGAACCACAAUCUACUGAUUCCUCCUCCAGCUCCUCCUACUUCAGUCUCUCUGAGUAUCAGUCCAGACCUUCAGCAGUUCUUCAGCAGAGAGUCUCCACUGACUCUGAGCUGUGAUGAAGACGGACAGACAGCUGAUGGAUGGACGGUGAAGAGGAGAGCAGGAGGACAGACUGGACAGUGUGGUGUUGGUCAACAAGACUUUGGGAGGAUUGAAGGUUCUAACUGCACCAUAUCAGGUCCCUUUCAAACAGAUUCUGGAGUUUACUGGUGUGAAAGAUCUGGAGAGAGAAGUGAAGAGAUCGACAUCGAAGUUACUGAUUUUCCCUUUAAGCUGGAGAUUCCUGCUCUUCCUGUGCUGACAGGAAGUGAUGUCACUCUGCGCUGUAGGACCAACAAUGGUUCCACACCAACAUUUGAUUUAUUUAAGAACGGUGAACGUAUCAGAUCUGACUCUAAAGGAGAGUUUAUCAUCAGUAACGUCCAACAGUCUGAUGAAGGUUUCUACUCGUGUGUUGUUGAUCUGAUUGCAGAAUCUCCAAGGAGCAGGCUGAGGGUCAAAGCUCCUCCUCCUUCCUCUUCUCCUCCUCCUCUAGCUCCUCCUACUUCAGUCUCUCUGAGUGUCAGUCCAGACCUUCAGCAGUUCUUCAGCAGAGAGUCUCCACUGACUCUGAGCUGUGAUGAAGACGGACAGACAGCUGAUGGAUGGACGGUGAAGAGGAGAGCAGGAGGACAUACUGGACAGUGUGGUGGUGUUGGUCAACAAGACUUUGGGAGGAUUGAAGGUUCUAACUGCACCAUCUCAAGUCCCUUUCAAACAGAUUCUGGAGUUUACUGGUGUGAAAGAUCUGGAGAGAGAAGUGAAGAGAUCAACAUCACAGUUACUGAUGGUCCAAUCAUCCUGGAGAUCCCUGCUCUUCCUGUGCUGACAGGAAGUGAUGUCACUCUGCGCUGUAGGACCAACCAUGGUUCCACACCAGGAUUCAAUUUAUUUCAGAACGUAACGUCCAACGGUCUGAUGAAGGUUUCUACUCGUGUGUUGUUGGUCUGA